GUCCGGCGAGGACGGCUCGCGAGCACAUCUCCGCUGCCCCCGCAGACGAACAGAGCAGCAUGUUCGCCAUAGCUUUGUUGGCCAUUAUUGUGGCUUUGUAUCUGCUGAAGAGGAUUGUGUCGUACCGUGGGAAUUUGCCGCCCGGUCCGGUCAGCAUCCCUCUGCUGGGAAGCUGGGAGUUCAUCCAGCUCUGUUGGACCGGUGGUCGCCUCGAGGACCUCUGCCGACGACUCGGGGCCAAGUAUGGACCCAUCGUCUUCUUCAGGAUCGCUCUGGAUACGCCCGUGGUCGUCAUCCGCACAUAUGACGCUCUUAAGGAGGCAGCCAAGGAUGUUCGUCUACACGGGAUGACCGGGACUUACCUGAAUCGUCUGGCCGGGCAUUGGGACAACCUCGGGGUCAGCUUGGCCGACGGAUCCAAGUGGCAGCACAACAGGAAGUUCAUCAUCCGCACGCUGGGCAGACUGGGCUUCAACAGAAACAAACUCGAGACUCUGGCCAGCGCAGAGUGCUCUAAGCUGGUCGAGGACCUAGUGGAGUUGAAAGGACAAGUGGUCAACAUUGAACGGGAUCUUACCGGAGCCAUAGCAAACGUCACGCUUAAGUUCAUCAUGAACUUCGAAUUCGAGUCGCAUGAUCCUCGAAUUGGCGAGCUUAAGGAGGCAAGCUUUCACAUCGUAAGACUUUUGGCAAAUAUUCAGUCUCACUUGGACUUCUUUCCGUGGUUGGCACACUUCUCCAGUGAGAGAUCAGACGUGAAAACAUUGGCUAGAUCCCUGGACAAGGUGAGCGACUUUAUCAAGGCUCGAAUCGACGAACAUAUCGAGACGCUAGACGAGGCUCAUCCCCGGGAUUUUAUCGACGAGUACCUACUGCAGACCCCUAAGGCGGACCACGACACCUCAAUUGAAAACCUGCUGGUGAUGCUAAAGGACUUGCUACUGGGUUCUCUGGAGCCCCCUCCCAUCGCGCUCUCCUGGACCAUCCUCCUUCUGGCGAAGCACCCGGAGGUGCAGGAGCGGGUUCGUGCCGAGCUGACUGAGCUCCUGGGAGACCACCGCGCCCCGACGGUGGAGGACGAGCGCCAGUGUCCCUACACCCAGGCCACCAUCGAGGAGACGCUUCGCUUCGUGACACUGACACCCAUCAACCGGCACUCCACCACGCAGGGCGCCACGAGCCUGCGCGGCUACCACAUCCCUGCGGGCGCCAUGGUACUGGCCGAUCAGCACUCACUGCACCAUGACCCGGCCGUCUGGGGCGACCCGGACGUGUUUCGACCGGACCGCUUCCUUGGCGAGGACGGCGCCAAGCUUCGCGAACAGGUGCGGGCGUUCGGCUUUGGGCCUCGCGUCUGCCUAGCAGAGGCUCACGCCCGGAGUCUUUUGUUCGCGUUUUUGGCCGGUCUGCUGCGAAGGAUCGAGUUCCGCCUUCCACAGAAAGGUCAGGUGGCCACCAUGCCUGUGUAUCAAGUAUUGUCUCGACCCAGUGAGACGCUUGUGGUGCCCUUCCCGCGUUAGUGGAUGCGUGACGCUGGGAUACAUUUUUUUUUAGAAAUUUUGUCCGAAUGGAUGAAUGGGUGGCUAUUAGAGCACUUCACGGAUAGGCUUUUUAGGAUCCGGCCCGGCCCAUAUCCGGCAAGUCAUACCUAUCCAGAUCCGCCCAUUAUCCGCCUUUCUUUGAAUAUCAGAAUCCGGCCCACCCAUGGCCCGUAUUGCAGCCAAACUUCCAAAAAAUAUCCGUAAUAAUCCGUUUCACCAAUAACUGGUUUCACCCAAAACUGGACUAACAAAUUCAAUCUAAGGGACCAGACAGCCAUACAGCUCACAGACCAAGUCUUGUGACAAGUGAGUGUCAUAAAAUGAUGCCUAUUACUUUAAUCAAACCUCAGCUGCCGCUUAACACAUUAGGUUAAUUUUUAACUUCAAUGUUGAAUGUUAAAAUUUUGAUCCGUUUUGAUCCGGGUUCAACCUUCAAUUCCCAAAUCCGGCCCGCCCAUAUCCGUUCUUUUUUAACAAAUUUAGAAUCCAAUCCUAUCCGGUCCGCGGAUUUAUCCGUGGAUAACGGAUUUAUCCGGCCCAUGAAGUGCUCUAGUGGCUAUGGGCCCGGGUGCCCCGCUAAGCAGUGCUUGUUGCGAAUGACACCACGGACCCACCACCCAGCCUUGUCCGCGCCCGGUUCACCGGUGAUAAUUUGGAUCGAAAGUUUAACGUGCCGCAGGUAGAUGGCGGCACGGUCCUCCCGGGUCUAGCGUGGCCCUCUCUCGCCAGUUGCCAGCUGGCUGAAUAUAGGAACGCGGGUCAAACGACGUGGAGCUUCCCGGCCGCGAACUCGCUGCCACCGAGUUAGGAGACGGACGCCUUAUCCACUAGGCCACGGGGAUGACAAUGUUUAUGCCGGUGAGCGACGAACUGGGCAUUAGCAACAGUUAUGGCCGUUGUGUUAGUUGUACCAUUGUACCAGUUGGACUUCUGGGCUCUACUAGCGGGAAGAUUCUUCAGUUUUGUUUAAAGCUGAUCCGUCUUUGCGAGUUAAGCUGGCUAUUUCUAUAUUCAUUGCCUUGUAAAAGAACAAGCUUCCGACGCUUUUAAUUUGCUUACGGUCAAUAUUCAGUGGUGUGAAAGUGGCUAGUCAACGGUCGAUUAGAUUGAUUGGUGCAAUGUAAUGUAAGGCAGUUCCAUGUCCAGAAGCCAUUGAUAUUGAUUUCUUUUAACACACGACGCUUUUGAAGGCAGUAAACGUUCACUAACGCAUUUGCGAUACUCUCCAUUGGGAAGAAGCGUCUGAAGUGCGUGCAGUGAGGUGCUGUUAUAACACGCGUUUUAAGAAUAAAUAAAUCGUACUGACCAUUG